GGUAUCCGCCCCUUCAUGAUUAAAUCUUGGAACAAAAACUCUCCAACGUUUUCCUUUUCAUCUAUGGAGUUAGGUACCUACUUGAUCGUUUGACCUUUACGAGAUCCGACAAAUCUUCAUAUGUUUGUUUGCUUGUUGUUGUUGCUACAUCAGAAAGGAAGAAGAAGAGAUUUUGUUGUCAAACAUCAACGACAAAUUAUAUUCGCUCACAGUUUCUAAUACUUUCUUACUUUCUUACUUUCUUACUUUCUUACUUUCUUACCAGUUACCACCACUUUAUUCCUUGCACACAACUCUCCCGGUAUUUCUUAGAUCAAUUAGCUCUGCCUACCGCCUACCGCCUUGCUUGGUCCCAUCAUCGACCCUUGCUGUUCCUCAUCCUAACCCCCCACUGGCACACACCCGAUCUUUUUAUCCCUCGUACCAUAUCCCGAUUUAUCUACCUACCUAAUACUCAACCUCAGAUAUGUAUGAGUGUCAACCGCAGAAUCAGACGUUGCAUUCGUGUUGAUAGUUAAGGGUUUUCAACAAUGUUACCGGCCUUGCGCGCCAGGUCUCAUCUUGACGUGCAACACAACGAAGCUGCACAACCUAUCGAAUACAAUGACGAUGAUUAUUGCCGCGAGGUGUUACGAUUGGAGGGGCAGGAGAAGACGGAAAUACAACUUGACGAAAGAUUGAACAAAGAAGCAGAAGGUCUAGGGAUUUCGAUAACGGGUCCUUCCGCAGACGAAAGGAUCGAUAGUCCUCUAUGCGAAUCUCCUUUCACUGAUUCGCAGCAUACAAACACCGCCUCGUCAAUAUCUCAAGACAGCGAUUCUACAGGAUUAACAUCGACAUCAUCAAAUGAGCAAUUGGACAUUGCAUCAAUACCACAACCAUGGAAACAACAUAUGGCGAGGAAGAGUUUAUCAUUUCAUGAUUACGAGAAAUAUGUGAAGCAAAUCGAUGUUCAAACCGCGAUUCCACUACCUCCGCCAAUACCUGUCAGUUCUCCUGAGCCAGCCCCAUCUCUUUUUUCGAUAUCCUCGAGACGCUCCUACGCAAGCUUAAAAAAUGGAAUAAAAUUCCGUUUACGCCGUAAGCCCAAGACAUCUGGGCAUCAAGUGAUGUGAGUAUACACCUUUUCAAACAUCAAAACAUGCUAAUCUCGUAGCUCUUGCAUCUGUUGUCGGGAGGAUUUCAAAACGGCAGCCACCCUGCGUACGCUUCCAUGUGCCCAUAAUUAUUGCGAAAAUUGUCUUCGGGUUCUAGCCAUUCAAGGCUGCACAGAAGAAUCAAAGAUGCCUCCUAGAUGUUGCAGCCAAGCUAUUCCAGGAAACAUAAUCAAAUCGGUUCUAAAUAGAGAAGAGCAAAUUUUAUUCAUGAAAAGCGUUGUGCAAUUCAGUACGCCGUGGGAUUCGAGAAUUUUCUGUCCAAAUACUGCUUGUGGUGAAUUUAUCCCAACACUUGGCAAGGUUGAUCCCAAACAGCCAUUCGAGGUAGUUUGUCGAAACUGCGGGGAUAAAGCUUGUUCCAUUUGCAAGCGUGCGGCGCACUCAACUGGCCAAGAUUGUCCUGAAGAUUUUGAAUUAGAAGCUGUUUUGAGAAUGGCCAAAAGUGCUGGAUGGCGUCGCUGUUACAAAUGUAGAACUUUAGUGGAAUUAUCUCAAGGUUGCAGUCAUAUCACUUGCCGGUGUAAAGCUCAGUUCUGUUAUAUUUGUGGCGCUGUAUGGGAUCCCUCGGUUGGCUGUCCAAAUUAUUGUAAUGGCGAGGAGAUGCUCGAACGUCGACGUCUCGAGGAAGAACAACGAAUUGCAGAAGAGGAAAAAGCAAAAUUAGCCAGGGAAGAGGCAGAAAAGGCAGAAGCGGCGGAGCAUGCAGCGGCUGAAGAACGAACCCGAACUAACGACACAUUGAGUGCACUUCGGGCUUGCCAAACAGAUGAAAGAGACCGAUUUUGUGCUUUCGAAAGGGAGAUGAAAUGGAUUAUGUGGACCCGGCACGGUCGAGCCAAGAUUGAUAUUUUGGAUCGCUAUAAUGAGCUCUCAACAAAAAUGAAAGAACGUCAUCAAAGAACUUCAACGCAUUUAGAAGAUCGGCAAGUUGCUGCUGAGAUGGAGUUGAGAGCGACUUUAAAACAAAGCGAGAGAAGCGUUCAAAUUCGUUUAAAGCACAUGGAAGCUUAUUGCAAUGGACUUGGUAGAUGUUCUGGUGGUGAUAAUAUACAAAGAAUCGUUACCGAGAAAGAUCUCAGAGAGCUUGGCCAGCAAUAUAACAUUCGGGAUGACCUGGGUCGUUUACAUCAAAGCAGGAUCAACGUCAUGCGAGACAAGCAAGCGAAACAAAUGGAAAAUUUGAUCAAGCGACAAGGAGAGGAAUUUGAGAAUCUAGUCCUCAAGCAGAAUCAAGAGUUAGAGGCUCUUGAGGAGGUGCAUAGUAGAGAAGAAGAAGGAAUAAUUGCAUUGUUCAUAGAAAGAAAAUCCCGACUUAUUUGGAGAUGGAAUUUGAUGGAAGAGGUGGAACGAAAGAAACUCACUAAUAUGGCUGGUGUACAAUUUGCACCUAUGCCCCCAGUACCGUGGCCUCAACAUAGAAGAUCUCCAGCUCUAGGUCUAGAAUCAGUUUUCGAGUAAAGCCGCAUAGUCGGGGAUCUUUUUCAUUUAUUGUUAUGAUGAUGAUUUUUUGUGGUAUACUUACACAUGUUUGACGCAAAUAGACGAUUGUCAUGACGAUUGUGUCUUUCAAAUCAUCUCAUCUUGUUACAAUUUUAGGACUGGGAAUUGGCGCUUGGAAUGGUUGACAUUAAUAUAUGGAGCCUAGCUGGAUUACUAAUGGGUGUAGUCAGUGCUUCAAGCUUUUGACAUCUUAGGAUCAAUCCUUGUUGAGCUGGGUUGUAAGUCAAAUCAAAGUUAUUUGAUGGAAUCUUUGGGAUGUCUUUUUAAUUGUGAGGGUGGUGGAGGGAUACUCUGUAUGUGCUGAUAUUUUUAAUGGGAAUGGAAUUAAGUUUAUAUAUGGUACUCGAGUAUCAAUGAUUUUUGGGAUGUGGAUGGAUGGGAUGGAUGGAUGGAGUAUAUAGGUUAUACCCAAUGUUUUUUAUUUUAUGAUAUUUUUAUUUUAC